CUUUUUCAAUUCUCUGUUGAAAGAAGCAAUCGUGCAAAAAAAAAAAAAAAAGUGAUGGUCUCUGAAACCUGAAAUGUGCAACCAACAUUCUGUCCUUCACACGUUAGGAAGCUGUCAGCCAAGCCGCACAUGGCAACCACUAAGGGGGACCAAGAUCUAGUCAAACUCCUCCUCGAACGCUGGAGCGACCUGAAAUCUGGUCUUGACAAGGUCACGGAGAUGCAGUACGACGUCUUUCUGUCCUUCCCAGAUCCAGAGAGACCCAACAAGGUGGCUGUGGUGGAUAACAACACUCAGCUGUUUACGUCCAGAGAAACUGAGGAAAAACUCACGCCGGAUCAAGAAGAUCCAAAUAUCGUAAAGCCCUAUGCAGCUUUCGGACCCCCAGGGACCGCCGAGGGGAAACUGGUCUAUGCCAACCAAGGAAAAACGAGCGAUUAUGAAUUCCUUCUUAGUCAAAAUAUCGAGCUCAAUGGCACCAUUGCCAUCACUCGCUACGGUGGAGCCGGCAGAGUUGCGAAGGUAAUCUUGUAA